AUGCGUAACAGUACUUUUAGUCAUUCAUUUAAAGUUUCGACUAUUAUGGAGGCAGGAAGCUAUGCUGUCCUGCAUGAUCAUUUUACAGAAAUGAGAACUCGAUGGUUUGAAAAGGUUAUGAACUCGCCCAAAGUAGUCGGCGCCAGUGUCGGUUUUAUUUUCCCUUUGAUUAUUCUAUCGUACUGCAAUGAGUCUGUCAACUCGAUUCUUGCUUUUUGCUGGCAAUGCUUUAUUAAACCCUUUACGUCUGAGACUAACAACCACAACCAGCAACACAAUUUAGAACAAUUUUACAAAUCACAAGCAAAGCUUUAUGAUCGUACUAGACGCAUUCUUUUACAAGGUCGUGAGGAAAGUCUCAAACUAUCUCUUUCUCAUUUAGAUAAAAGAGAAGGAAAUGUAUGGGUUGAUAUUGGAGGAGGUACAGGGUAUAAUAUAUCCCACAUGUCAAUAUUAACAGAUCUCAGUAAGACUUUCAAAAAGAUAUACAUAGUCGACUUAUCGCCAUCACUAUGUGAGGUUGCUAGGGAGCGUUGUAAGAAAAAUGGGUGGAAUAAUGUAGAAGUCAUUUGCGGUGAUGCUUGUGAUUUUGAAAUACCCGAAGAAGCAGCCCAGUUGAUAACAUUUUCAUAUUCUUUGAGUAUGAUUCCUAGCUACUAUGCAGCUGUUGAUCAUGCAUUAGAUCUUUUAGAUGGCAAAAGCGGUAUUAUAUCCUGUAUUGAUUUCGGUGUCACCAAUAAUGCAAUGUUAGUUGGUAGAAUCAACACAUUGGGAGGAAUGAUAAAUAGACACAUUCCUUGGUUAUACAGGACUUUUUGGAGAUUGUGGUUUGAGUUUGACAAGGUUUUCUUGGAUCCAGGAAGAAGAGAAUACUUGGAGUAUAGGUUUGGUACUAUCAAGUCUUUGAACUGUUACAACAAUAAGCUAGGGAAAAUUCCAUACUAUAUCUGGUUAGGUUGUAACAAAGAUCAUGAAAAACAUCUACAAGUCAGAUUCACAGAAUUGGCACCUACUUCACCAUAUCUUGCCCCUGUUAACUCUUCUUUGACUGAUAACAAGUCAAUUCCGCAAGCCUUGGUAGCUGCUUUGGAUAAUUCCAGAAAAGGUUUGCCAUAUCCAUCGCUUUUCUAUCAGAAGCAACACUGGAGAGUAUAUUAUGACGAGUUGAAUCCAGAAUACAACCAAUUUAAAAGUAGCUAUAUCUACGCAUUUACUUGGGAAGAUCCAAUUGAAGACGUAAAAAUACUCAAUAUCCAGUCGGAUGAUACCAUCUUGGCAAUCACCAGUGCAGGUGACAACAUUUUACAUUAUGCUAGUUUAGCAAAACCACCAAAAAGAAUCCAUGGAGUAGAUUUAAAUCCUUGCCAAGGCCAUCUAGUUGAGCUUAAAUUAGCAGCAAUAAAAGCCCUUGAAUAUGAUCAAAUGUGGAGUAUGUUUGGUCUCGGUAAAAUAGAAAACUUUAGGGAAAUAUUACUAAACAAGCUAGCGCCUCAUCUUUCCUCAAACGCAUUCCAAUAUUGGUAUGAAAAUGGAGAUAAAGCAUUUAAUCCUAACGGCCAAGGUUUAUAUGAUACAGGAUUCACUAAAUGGGCUUUACGAUUGGCUAGAUGGAUUUUCACUAUCACUAACAUUACUGACGAGGUCAGCAUGCUUUGUGCAGCAACGUCCUUAAAAGAACAAAGAAGGGUGUGGGAUGAAAAGGUAAAACCUGUUCUAUUCAACAAGCUUAUCGGAAAAUUGUUAGUGGGUAAUCCAAUGUUUUUGUGGAGUGCUCUUGGGGUUCCAAAAAACCAAGCCAAAAUGAUGGGUACGUCCACUUUACAAUAUCUCAUUGAUACCUUGGAUCCAAUCAUCGACAAAUAUCUAAUCUCCAAUGACAACUACUUUUACUACUUGACUCUCAAAGGUCAAUACUCUCAUGAUAGUUGUCCUGCUUACUUGAAGGAUAAAAACUUCUCUAUUUUAUCACAAGAAGAUUCCGGAUCGUCAUUGGAUAGAAUUAGACUUCAUACAGAUACAUUGAAAAAUGUUUGUGAGCGUUUAUCUGAGAAAAUGGUAUCUAUUGCAAUUAUUAUGGACCAUUUGGACUGGUUUGAUCCACGUUCAACAGCUGUAGAUGACGAAGUUCAAGCAUUGUUUAAGGUGCUUGACGCUAAAGGACGAGUUAUGUUGAGAUCUGCUUCAAAGAAUCCUUGGUAUAUUAAAUCUUUUGAAAAGCAUGGAUUUAAAUGCAAACCAGUAAGUGUUAGAUACCCAGGAAAAUGUAUUGACAGGGUCAACAUGUAUGCAAGUACAUGGAUCUGUCAAAAAAUUACGACUCACAUUAAACCAACUAGAAGAGUUAGUACAUUGGAGUUAGAGUCAAGUUAA